CUUUCUCGCGAGAUUACCAAACAGGAAGAGACGAAGCAGGCGAAGGUCAGGAAAUAAACAUGGCAUCCCGCAGUAUGAUGAGGUCUAUCUGGACCUCAUUUGCAGGCUUGAAAUUAGGUGCCACAGGCACCAACGUGAAGGUUCAACAGUGGAUAAAUGUUCCCCAGUUACCGGCUAUAACUAUUCAGACUCGAGGGAUCCGCAAAGUGGUGCAGAAGCAGGAAGGUACAAUAACAACGAUUGAGGGACAAACAGUGAACAUUGCAUCGUCACCAGAGCCUCCAAACCCCGAAGCCAAAUGUCCGAUCUACAGAUGGAACCUGCAGCACAAAUACAACUACACGGACGUCCUGUUGAUCAGUCAGUUCAUCAGGUCGGAUGGAGGGUUGAUGCCCAGGAGAGUCACUGGUCUCUGUACAGAGGAGCAUCAAAAGAUUGCCAUGUGUGUGCAGAUGGCUCAAAGAGAAGGUCUGCUCCCUGAUCAUAGACCCAAAGUUCCAGAAGACCAUGUCCCAAAUCCAAAUCCAAGGCCAAAAUUUAACAGAUUCCUGACUCGCUGGUCCGUUGACACGGUGAAACCCAUAUAUAAAGUCGGACUAAAGUGGUGUAAGAAGCGCAUGGUUGUUGGCACCCCAUUACUCAAGAACAAUGUGCGUUACGGUGUCAAGCACUUGAAUUUCAAACACUGAAGGACGGAGACCUUGACGAAUCGGUGCAGAAAGUGGGCGGGCCCUUUUUUUUCAAUGCGAUCAUGCAGGUCCAAGGGGAUUGACUUUAGUCAUACGGCCCUGGGAAAAAGGCCUGAAAGCUUCAUCCAUCUGUAUUUAUUCUACCUUUUUUGUUUAUUAAGCUGCGUACUCAGUCCCACCCAGAACCAUCUAUUCUGUCUCUGCUGGUUUUCAAAAAGCCCUUGAAGUAAACUCUUUGACAACUUAACGUUGAGCAACAAUUGAGUCAGUGUCACAGUUUCAUAGUAGGUGGUAUGAUGACUGUAUACUCUAAGCAACACAGAUGUGCAAAUAAAAUGUGUGUGUUUACUCUGCC